AUGAGCCUUCGAAGUUUGUUUCGUUAUGCUACGUGGUUUGAUUUGAUUUUAAUAUUAAUAUCGAUUAUAGCUGCUACUGCUAAUGGUGCUUCAUUUCCAUUAUUAAUGCUUGUAUUUGGAAAUGCUAUUAAUACAUUUACUGAUCGUUCAUUUGACUUAUGUUCAUGGAAUUUAACAAAUAUAUCUCUUCAAUAUUGUCCAUCAGGUGUACAAUUAACAUCAACAAAUUUUUAUAUAUCAUCAUCUAUAGCAGCAGAAAGACAAACACGAAUCAUUCGUCAGAAAUUAUUUCGAUCAAUUGUUAAUAAAGGAAUAAUUUAUUUUGAUAUGAAUAAAACUGGUCAAUUAAGUACAAGAUUAACAGAUGAUAUUAAUAAAAUUCAUGAUGGUAUUGGUGAUAAAUUUGCAUUAGCAACACGCUAUAUUGCUUCAGUUAUUUCUGGUUUUGCACUUUGUUUUUAUAUAGGAUGGAAAUUAACCUUAGUUAUUCUAUCAGUAGCAUCAUUAAUAUUUAUUUCAACUAUAGUAAUGUCCAAACUUAUAACGAGUUUAACAUUGAUGGAAUUAAAAGCUUAUGGUAAGGCAGGUGCUGUAGCUGAAGAAGUGCUUAGUUCAGUUCGUAUUGUUUUAUCUUAUAAUGGACAAGAACGAGAAAAGAAAAGGUAUAAACAAUAUUUAAAUGAAGCAAAAGAACGUGGAAUACGAAAAAGUGCAGCUAAUGGCUUGAGCACGGGUGUUUACUGGCUCAUUGCUUAUUGUUCAUAUGCAUUAGGUUUCUGGUAUGGAUCAAAAUUAAUUCAACAUGGAGACUAUGAUAUUGGAAAAGUCAUGAUUGUAUUUAUUACAAUGGUAGUAUCUGUUUUUGAUUUGGGACAAGCUAGUCCACAUUUACAAGCAUUAGCUCAAGCUAGAAGUGCUGCAUCAUUUGUAUGGACUAUUAUUGAUGAACCAUCAACAAUUGAUAAUAAUUUAGAUGAAGAAAUCAAAAAAAAUGAUUUAAUUGGUAAUAUUAAAUUUUCAAAUGUUACAUUUUCUUAUCCAUCACGUUCUGAUAUUGAAAUAUUAAAAAAUAUUUCAUUUAAUGUAAAACAAGGUGAAACAAUUGCAUUAGUCGGUUCAUCUGGUUCAGGUAAAUCAACAUGUAUUCAAUUAUUACAAAGAUUUUAUGAUUUAAAUUCUGGUUCAAUAUUAAUUGAUGAUAAUGAAAUAAAUAAAUAUAAUUUAAAAUGGUUAAGACAAAAUCUUGGUGUUGUUAGUCAAGAACCAAUUUUAUUUCAAAUAACAAUUCGUGAAAAUAUUCUAUUAGGCUUUGAUAAAGCAACCGAUGAAGAAAUUUAUCAAGCAACCAAAACGGCGAAUGCGCAUAAAAUUAUUUUUUACAAUCAAUAUAAUACUUUAAUAGGUGAACGUGGUGCGACAUUAUCAGGUGGACAAAAACAAAGAAUAGCAAUUGCUCGUGCACUAAUUAGAGAUCCAAAAAUUUUACUUCUUGAUGAAGCUACUAGUGCACUUGAAUAUGAAAGUGAAACAAUAGUUCAAGAUGCUUUAGAUCGUGCAUCUCAAGGUCAAACAACAAUUGUCAUGCAAAAAGGUGAAAUAAUUGAAGAAGGAAAUCAUGAAUUAUUAAUGAAUAAUCAAUCAGUUUAUUAUAAUCUUAUUCAAAAACAAAAUUUAUAUAAUACAUAA